AUGGAGCACGUUCACAACUUGGACGUGAGCUGGAUGACCCACGGAAAUCCCAAAGACAAAGUCGCAAGGAAUGCGACAGCACGGCCAAGAUCUCUCUCCAACUCGGUCCACGACACUCCGGCCCCGAGCCCCGCCCCCAACUCUUCUCCGUCGCCCGCGGUCGAUAACAGCCAGCCGGAGCAGGAGAAACAGACGGCGCUGACCCGAUCCAACUCGGCCAGGACAACUUCGGAAGAGAAGCGACUACCGUCUACACCCUCCCCCCAACGCCGAAACUCGUGGUUCUCCAACAUCUCGUCCAAGUUCACAUCAGGGAGCGGCGCCCAUCAAAGUCCCCCGCAAGCGACCAACGCGUCACCGAAACCCGCCGAGUUCUCAGUGCCCAAGGUUACUCCAGCCAAGAACGCCGUCCUCCAACAUGGCGCGAGACCCGAAGGCGAGGCCCCGUACACACCGGCUCCGCCGAAGUCGUCGCAGACUGGCCUGCUACAGGUCUUCCGGCGCUUGUCAUCCUCCAACGGCACCCUCAACCCCAACAUAAAAACACACAAUCACGGGCUCGUCGAACGGCGCGUGUUGAACGUCGACCGUCACAGGGAGCGCUGCGACAUCAAUGGGCUCAACCAGUCCAAGCUCCGGCGGGUGGCCUUCUGUGUCGAUGUCGAAAUUGCCCCCAUGCCUAGGUAUGCCGACGAGACGGAAGGUAAAAAAGGGAGCAAAAUGAACAAGGACCAAAAGAAGAAGAUGAAAGAGAGGGGAGAGGGCGAGGCGCUGAAGCAGCCCAAAACGAUCGAGGCCCAAAAAGAGGUGGACGGCGCGGUCAAGAUCACCGGCGAAGAAGUACCCAUUUUUUUUUCCAAAGAAGGCGUCGAAUCCAGCAGCCCUCCGAGCGUGAGCGUAGACAGCAUAUCGGAAAAGGCUACUUCGACCGACAAGAAGAAAGAGAAAAAGAAGAAGAGCGAGGAAGAGAGGAAGGCCAGAAAGGAGAAGCGCCGGAAACAGGCCGAGGUCAACGGCACCAUCCCCAUGGAACUGCACUACGACAGCGACUCGUCCUCCAGCGGCUCCACCCCCCGCCCCGGCACGCCCAAGACGCAGACCGUGCCGACCACCAACCCGGUCAGGAUAUACCGCCGGUGCUGCCAGCUCAGGGAGACGCCGAUCCUCCGCAAGAUCACGGAGCAGCUCAUGGACCCGGACAACUGCUCGGCCGAGCCGGGCGUGGUGGAGAGGCUGGACCUCGCCGGCUACUGGAUGCAGCUGACCGACCUCCUCACCCUCGGCGACUACCUCGCCGUCGUCCCCGUGCGCGAGGUCAUCCUCGACAACUGCGGCCUGACCGACGAGGGCCUCCGCGUCAUCCUGGCCGGCCUGCUCGCCGCGAGAAGGCCCACCAACAGGCGGCGGAAGCCGCUCAACGGCGUGGACGGCUUGGCCGGCCAGGGAGGGGUGGUUGAGCGGUUGGUGCUGAAGAAUAACAAGAUCGGCCCCGAGGGCUGGCGGCACAUAUGCUUAUUUAUUUACCUUUGCCGCACGCUGAAGAGCCUGGACCUGUCGGGGAUACAGUUCCCUCGGCAACCCGUGGCCGCGUCUGCCGCUGUGAACGGGAGUCCCACGCCGGCGGCGAGACGCCCGCCGCAGAAUCUCUGUCAGCUGUUGUCCAAGUCACUGGGGGAGAGGCUUGGGGGCUCGACGCUCAAUCUGCUGGGUCUGGGGCAGACGGGCAUCAGCGCCGAGCAGCUGGGGCUGAUCAUCGAUGGUCUUCUCCUCUGUGGCGUGAAGCGGCUGGGCCUUGCCAACAACGGCAUUGAUGCUGAGGGUCUCGGGCAUGUUGCGCGGUUCCUGGAGGCUGGCCACUGCGAGGGUCUUGACUUGGGAGGGAACAAUCUGAGGGAUGAGCUCGCCACUUUGGCUGAUGCGCUGACGGUAGAGAAUUGUCGACUCUCCGCCCUGAGUCUGGCAGACUGCAACCUCACUCCGUCGGCGCUGUGCAAAUUGCUGCCGACGUUAGUUAAGCUGGAAGAAUUCCGGUUCAUCGAUCUCUCGCAUAACCAGGAGCUGUUCAACUCCGACCCGAGCGCCGUGUGCGUGCUGAGAAGGUAUCUGCCCAAGAUGGCGUGCCUCAAACGCAUCCACCUGGCAGACUGCGCCAUGACGCCGGAUCAGGUCAUUGCGCUGACCGAUAUCCUCCCCGAAAUCAUCGGCCUCGCCCAUGUCAGCUUCCUGGAGAACCCGCGGCUCGUCGAGCUCACGACCAACGCCAAGUCGGAGGAAACCCAGGAGGAUGCGUGUGCGCUGUUUGCGUCGUUGCUCGCCGCGGCGAGGGUGUCCCCCAGCCUCGUGGCCAUCGACAUCGAAGUCCCCAGCGAGCAGUCGAGCGACCUCGUCAAGGCCCUGGCCAAGCAGGUCGUGGCGUACUGCCUGCGCAACAUGGAGCUGGCGGCGGCCACGGCUGCUGAAGCGCAGACCGAGGUGCUCACCAAACAUGAGCCCGAGUACCCCCACGCCCUGCAGCGGUUGGUCGGACACGACGUGACGGUGUCGACGGACAUUGACGCCGAUGUGGAUGCUGCGCCCGAUGAGGACUACGUGAUCGGUGGUACCGGUGUUGUCCGGGCGUUGGCGUGCUGUCUCGAAAAUCGUGGCGAUGAGUCAAGGCGGCAGUCGGGCGAGUUUAUCCGCGACGUCGAGAACGGCGUGGCCCAGCCUCCGCGUGCAGUGCCGAGCGGCGGGAAGGCAAAGGAAACGUCUAAGCACUUGCUUCUGAGUGCUAGGAAGAUCCGCCUGCGCCUGCAGCCUGCCAUUGAUAAGGCUAAGGCGACGGCGGAUGACACCCAUACUUACCAACGUCUCAUGUUCCUCUCCAACACCCUCAACGGCGUAAUCAAGCGCUUCGAGGACGAGUUCCCAGACACGCGCGUGUCCAACUCCGCCGCCAGCACCAUCGACCUCCCAUCAUCAGAAACACCGAACCUCCCCCCCAACUCCUCCAUCCCCAAAAUCGCCACCCCCACCCCCGCAGGCGGCGGCGCCUCCCUCUCGGACGAAGACGAGCCCGACCCGGCCACACCCACCGCCAUCAAAUCCCCCUGCCUCUCGCGCUCCAACUCCCUCCUCUCCCUCAGCUCCAAGGCCCUCGCCCACGAGGAAGGCCGCAUCCUGCGCGCGGGGCACAAGUUCCGCGUCGGCGUCGUCGCCGACGCCCCCCCUUCCGGCCCCGAGCCACUACGCCCUGCUGACGUCGGGGUUUGGAGGAUGGUCGGUGCUGACCCCCAAUCAUGCGGCGCAUGCUGCAUGAUUUGCUCGAAGGAGUUGGGGGAUGAGGAGCUGGAUGCCGAGGUGCGGGAGAAGGGGGUUGUGGCGGUGUUUUAA